UACUAUUUUAAAUUUUUUUUUAAUAUUAUUUUCGCCGUACAAAGAGGACGCUCGGAAUUCACCGGCCUGUCGGCUCCCAAGAGGGACCCGGGAAUUGUGCGGUCGCUUUUCUUCACCUGCUUUUUUUCUUUUUUUCUUUUUCUCUUUUUUUUUCUUUUUUUUUUUUUUUUGUUUGGUUGGUUGGUUGGUUGGUUGGUUUGGUUAUUUGUUUGUUUUGACUGGGGGCUUUUUAUUACUCUCCCUAUCCUUCCCCGCUGAGCAGCGGCGGCAGCAGCAGCAAUAUGGCUGGUGAUGGGCUUUUUGGGGGGCGCUGGCGGCGGGAGGAGCUCUCGGAAGCCCCUGCGCGCCCGGCUCGCUGUUAGCUAUGGCAAAUGGCAGCGGCGGCGGCUCCUACCCGGGCGGCAGCGGCAGCGGCAUUAGAAUGAGUAACAAUAUCAACGCCAACAAUCUCAACACAGACUCGUCCUCCUCCCCCGUCAAUGUGCCCAAGAUGGAUGCGCUCAUCAUCCCGGUGACCAUGGAGGUGCCCUGCGAUAGCCGCGGACAGCGCAUGUGGUGGGCUUUCCUCGCCUCAUCCAUGGUUACUUUCUUUGGGGGACUGUUUAUCAUCCUGCUGUGGAGGACCCUCAAGUACCUGUGGACUGUCUGCUGCCACUGCGGGGUCAAAAACAAGGAGGCCCAGAAGAUCAAUGGUGGUGGAGAUACACAGGCAGAUGGAGCCUGCAAACCAACAGAUGAAAAAGAGGAGAAUGUGGCAGCAGAAGUGGGAUGGAUGACGUCUGUGAAGGAUUGGGCAGGAGUCAUGAUAUCUGCCCAGACAUUAACUGGCAGAGUACUUGUUGUCUUAGUCUUCGCUCUUAGUAUUGGUGCUCUUGUAAUAUACUUCAUAGAUUCAUCAAACCCAAUAGAAUCCUGCCAGAAUUUCUACAAAGAUUUCACAUUACAGAUCGACAUGGCUUUCAAUGUGUUCUUCCUACUCUACUUCGGCUUGCGUUUUAUAGCAGCCAAUGACAAGCUAUGGUUUUGGCUAGAAGUUAACUCAGUGGUAGAUUUCUUCACGGUCCCUCCAGUGUUUGUGUCAGUAUAUUUAAACAGAAGUUGGCUUGGUUUAAGAUUUUUAAGAGCCCUUAGACUGAUACAGUUUUCAGAAAUCUUGCAGUUUCUGAAUAUACUUAAAACAAGUAAUUCCAUCAAGCUAGUGAAUCUGUGCUCUAUAUUUAUCAGCACGUGGCUGACAGCAGCUGGGUUCAUACAUUUGGUGGAGAACUCAGGGGAUCCAUGGGAAAAUUUCCAAAAUAAUCAACCGCUAACAUAUUGGGAAUGUGUUUAUUUGCUGAUGGUUACAAUGUCCACUGUUGGCUAUGGAGAUGUUUAUGCAAAAACAACCCUUGGUCGCCUUUUCAUGGUCUUCUUCAUCCUUGGGGGAUUGGCCAUGUUUGCCAGCUACGUCCCUGAAAUCAUAGAGUUAAUAGGAAACCGCAAGAAAUAUGGUGGUUCCUAUAGUGCGGUUAGUGGAAGAAAGCACAUAGUUGUCUGUGGUCACAUAACACUUGAAAGUGUGUCGAACUUCCUGAAGGACUUCCUGCACAAGGAUAGGGAUGAUGUCAAUGUAGAAAUCGUCUUUCUGCAUAAUAUCUCCCCUAACCUUGAGCUGGAAGCUCUUUUUAAGCGACACUUCACUCAGGUGGAAUUCUAUCAGGGUUCAGUCCUUAAUCCCCAUGACCUGGCGAGAGUGAAGAUAGAGUCAGCAGAUGCGUGCCUAAUCCUUGCCAAUAAAUACUGCGCUGACCCAGAUGCUGAAGAUGCCUCCAAUAUUAUGAGAGUUAUUUCCAUAAAGAAUUAUCAUCCGAAGAUAAGAAUUAUCACUCAGAUGUUGCAGUACCACAAUAAGGCCCAUCUACUAAAUAUCCCAAGCUGGAACUGGAAAGAAGGGGAUGAUGCAAUCUGUCUUGCUGAGCUGAAGCUGGGUUUCAUAGCCCAGAGCUGCCUGGCACCGGGCCUUUCAACAAUGUUAGCCAACCUCUUCUCUAUGAGGUCAUUCAUAAAGAUUGAGGAGGAUACGUGGCAGAAAUACUACCUGGAAGGAGUUGCAAAUGAAAUGUAUACAGAAUAUCUGUCUAGUGCCUUUGUGGGUUUGUCCUUCCCUGCAGUUUGUGAACUGGUGUUUGCGAAACUGAAGCUCUUAAUGAUAGCCAUAGAAUACAAGUCGGAGAAGCGCGAAAGCAGUAUAUUAAUCAAUCCUGGAAACCACGUCAAGAUUCAAGAAGGUACCUUAGGAUUCUUCAUUGCAAGUGAUGCCAAAGAAGUAAAAAGGGCAUAUUUUUACUGCAAGGCCUGUCAUGAUGACAUCACGGAUCCCAAAAGGAUAAAAAAAUGUGGCUGCAAACGGCUAGCCACAAGGAGAGCAAAGCACAUGGAAAGCAUGCCUGAUGUGGAAGGAAUGUAUGCAUUGCCUAACAUAUUGGAAAAAAAUUGUUCAAGAACAGUUUAUCCAUGUGAGAAUGUGACCUUUGAACUGCUGCCAAAGCCAAUGAGUCUGCUGAUUGAAGAUGAGCAGCCGUCGACACUAUCACCCAAAAAAAAGCAGCGAAAUGGAGGCAUGCGAAAUUCACCCAACUCCUCACCCAAACUGAUGAGGCAUGACCCCUUGUUAAUUCCUGGCAACGAGCAGAUUGAUAAUAUGGAUGCCAACGUGAAAAAAUACGACUCUACAGGGAUGUUUCAUUGGUGUCCAGCCAAAGACAUUGAAAAGGUUAUUUUGACUCGAAGUGAAGCAGCGAUGACAGUUUUAAGUGGGCAUGUAGUCGUUUGCAUAUUUGGGGAUGUUAAAUCUGCUUUGAUUGGAUUAAGAAAUUUAGUGAUGCCAUUACGAGCCAGCAACUUUCACUACCAUGAACUCAAGCACAUUGUGUUUGUGGGUUCACUUGAAUACCUGAGAAGGGAAUGGGAGACACUGCAUAACUUCCCCAAGGUUUCAAUCUUGCCUGGUACGCCAUUAAGUCGGGCUGAUUUAAGGGCUGUCAACAUCAACCUCUGCGACAUGUGCGUUAUCCUGUCAGCCAAUCAGAAUAAUAUUGAUGAUGCUUCGCUGCAGGACAAGGAAUGCAUCUUGGCGUCACUCAACAUCAAAUCUAUGCAGUUUGAUGACAGCAUUGGGGUCUUGCAGGCUAAUUCCCAAGGCUUUACACCCCCUGGGAUGGAUAGGACGUCUCCAGACAAUAGUCCAGUCCAUGGCCUUUUACGUCAACCCUCCAUUACAACAGGAGCCAACAUCCCUAUUAUAACAGAGCUAGCUAAGCCUGGCAAACUUCUGCCUUUGGUUUCAAUCAGUCAGGAAAAAAACAGUGGAACCCACAUUCUAAUGAUAACUGAACUGGUAAAUGAUUCAAAUGUUCAGUUCUUGGACCAAGAUGAUGAUGAUGAUCCCGACACAGAACUGUAUCUCACGCAGCCUUUUGCAUGUGGAACCGCAUUUGCUGUCAGCGUGCUGGACUCUCUCAUGAGCGCAACAUACUUCAAUGACAAUAUCCUCACACUGAUACGGACAUUGGUAACAGGAGGAGCCACACCAGAGCUGGAAGCACUGAUUGCUGAGGAAAAUGCAUUGAGAGGAGGUUACAGCACGCCCCAGACACUUGCAAACAGGGACAGGUGUCGAGUUGCUCAGCUGGCUUUGUAUGAUGGGCCAUUUGCAGACCUAGGGGAUGGAGGUUGUUAUGGAGAUCUGUUUUGUAAAGCACUGAAAACAUACAAUAUGCUUUGCUUUGGAAUUUAUCGAUUAAGGGAUGCACAUCUAAGUACUCCCAGCCAAUGCACUAAACGUUAUGUUAUCACAAACCCACCAUAUGAAUUUGAGCUUGUGCCGACGGACUUGAUCUUCUGUCUGAUGCAAUUUGACCACAACGCUGGCCAGUCCCGAGCCAGCCUUUCUCAUUCCUCCCAUUCCUCCUACUCUUCCAGCAAGAAGAGCUCAUCAGUUCACUCUAUCCCCUCAACAGCAAACCGACCGAACCGCACCAAGAGCAGGGAUUCCCGGGACAAACAGAAUGCAACAAGGAUGAAUAGAAUGGGCCAAGCAGAAAAGAAAUGGUUUACAGAUGAGCCGGAUAAUGCCUAUCCCAGAAACAUUCAAAUCAAGCCCAUGAGCACUCACAUGGCCAAUCAGAUCAAUCAAUAUAAAUCGACAAGCAGCUUGAUACCACCAAUACGAGAAGUUGAAGAUGAAUGUUGACUCCUUCGAAGCCAGAACUAUUUUUAUAAAGCCUGACAAACUUCAUGAAUGGUGAUGUGACAUUUAUUCCUCUUACUUGCUGAACCACUGAUGGAGAAGUUAAGAAGGGCACGCUUAAUGGGAAAAUAAAGUAGACAGAUCUUUGUUUGUCUGCCUUUAAUAUUGCUUCCACGUAUUUUGGAAAUUAUUUCAUUUAUAAAUUAACAUAAUCAAAACUAGUCAUGUAUAGCCUCUAGCAUUUUAAAUUAUUUUUAUUUAUUAAAAAAAAUAUAUUUUUUCUUUUUUUUUUUCAUUGUUAAGUAUUUUCCCUUAAAAAAAGGCAUAUGUGGCCAGACUCCUAAGAAUUAAAAAAUAUCAACAAACCCUCAGUCUUUGGCUUAAAGGAGAAUGAUGGUCACAGUUAUAAGGAUAUGUAAUUAAGAGAGACAAAAGAUAUAUUUGCAAAAAGAAAAAAAAAGGUCCAACUUGUAUUUUAGUAAAUCAAAAAAAAAAAAAAAAAAAGAAGAAAAAAAACCUACACUUCACCAAAAUGUUUCUUUAUUGGAAGGUGUGUAUUUUGUUCAGCAUUGACACCAGCUCUUAAUAAAUUGAACUUAUUUAUUUUCAGAGUUGAAAGUCAUAUUUUUAUACAUGUAACAUUCUUCUGAAAUAUUCUUUGUUUUGUUAACAUAUAUAGAUCAUCUUGACUACCAGUUGUGUGAAGGUGCAGUAACCCCCACACUGUGCCCUGCCCCUUCUCACGGUGGCACACCCAGCACCCUCGGGAACGCGCUGUGACACAGGCACAGGGAAUGUCACCACCCCAGCCAAGGGCCAUGGGCUUAAGGGGCACUUGCUAGAAAUGGCAAAUCUGGCAAUUGCACUUCACUUCCCAUUAGCCAUCAGCAGUUACUAAUUUCAGGAAGGCAAGCUUGGCAAUACUUCUUGUUUUGCCAUUAUUACAGUGAUUUAAUCCAGAGUGCAUAAAAUAGUGCAUAGAAGCAUCAGUUAUAAACCAUCUCAUCUACCACAUUUUGUUACUUCCUUACUUCACAA